AUGUCGGACGUGAGUCUUGUCAUGCAAGCUGCCAUCGACGAGGCAGAGGCUAAGCUAAGUGAACUCAACCUCGAUAUCCAUAGCCAUCCAGAACUCGGAUAUCAAGAGCAUCAUGCGCACGACGCCAUCGUGAGGGCACUUAGGAGCUUGGGAUUUACGGUCACGCCUCAUGCAUACGAUAUUCCAACCUCUUUUCUAGCAGAUUAUGGAAGCGGCGGCCGCCUGGUCGUCUUCAACGCCGAAUAUGAUGCGCUGCCAAAGAUUGGACAUGCUUGUGGACAUAAUCUCAUCAUGACGGCCUCCUUCUCUGGAUUCAUCGCCGCCACCGCUGCCUUGAAGCACUCUGGAAAGCCGGGCCGGGUUCGUCUACUGGGGACGCCGGCCGAGGAGGGAGGUGGUGGUAAGGCCCUGCUCAUCUCACGAGGAGCCUAUGAGGGCGUUGAUGCCUGCGUCAUGGCACACCCAACCAACAUGACUGCAAUGGGCAAAACCUCCCUCGAACGGCAUCACAUUCAACCCCCACUCACCGUCAAGGGGAAGGAAUCCCACGCUGCGGCGUCGCCAUGGAACGGCCAAAACGCGCUGGACGCAGUCGUGGGAGGAUACGUCCAUGUUAGCAUGAUCAGACACGCGCUUUACCCCGCUGAACGAGUCCAUGGAAUCAUCACUCAGAGUGGAGUGAAGAACAACAUUAUCCCCGAUAUAGCUAGUGUCAACUACGGCGUGCGAGCGCCGACUAUGGAUAUCGGAUCAAGGUUCUACGCGAUAAAGUAA